AUGAAAAUGAAGGGAAAGUAUGCACUGUGCAAAAGAAAGGCAAUUAUAUCUAUUGCAGUCUUAGCAAUACAGAAAGCACUUGGAGGUGGUAUGGUAGCCACUAGACAAAUUCGCCUAGAGCCUCAGGAAAGCACGGUUGUGUUUAACAGCUCGUCGGCACUAGAAAGUAGCCACAGUAUCUCAAAUUACAUUAUUAUGAGCGAUAUUGAGGAAAGAGGAGAAGAGUAUGAAGACAGCAACCAAGCAGAUGCUCAAGUAAACGCGCGAGAAGUAAAAAAGAUAAAGAAGAGAAAAAGAAACCUACGAUAUUCACAAAAUAGCUUAAAGAUAGACAGAGAAACAUACUCAGACUCUCUAGAAAGCUUCAUAAGAGAAAGAUCAAAAAGCACAGACUACAGUAUUUAUCUGCAGAAGCUGGCUGCUUCAAUAGUAGAGGAGAAAAAAAAAGCAAUAGGCACAGUUGAAGAACUAAUAAAACAAGAGCACGAAGCAAAGAGUGUGUAUGCCUGGGACAGAUUCUUUUCCAAUGAAAGAAUAGAGUGUAUUUUUAGAGACAGAGUCAACGACCAGUACAUGGGAGCUCUUGCAUGGAUGUUUAUGCCAAGCAGGAAAAAAAAUGCUAUCGUCCCAAGCAGAAACGCAGAAAUGGUCUCAUCUAUCCACGUGAACUACAUUGAGACAUUUUCUGACCCAAAAAGCACAAACAGAGCAAUAGAUGCCAUAGACAGAUUGCUUGUGAACGAAAUAAGCUAUACCACAAACAAAGUCAUUGAUCUAAACAAUUGGAUGAAUAGGCAUACUAAUUAUGAAUACAGCCAAACAAACGAAAAAAUAAAAGAAAAGUACGAAGCUCUUUUUAAAUCAGUCAAAGGUCACAAAAGCCAGAUGCUGCAGAGCCAAAGAACAUCAGCUGGCUCUAAUAUACCUGCUCUGGUGCUCGAGUAUUACUCUGCCAUUGAUGCAGAGGUGUCAAAUUUUCUAUUAGAGCUAAAGAGAUGCUAUGGGGAAAGUAUUUCACACCUGCGCUUGUCAAUUACCUCGAGUAUAAAUCCCGUUAAAAGACUCAGUAAAUCUACAACAGACUACUCCUCUUUCAAAGAAGAAAAAGCAAAUAUCGUUAUGAAGUUUUUAAGGUAUACCAAAGACAUAAUGGAACUUGAAAUGCAAACACUGUUCUACAUAAAAAACGUUGCUUCUGAAAGUGACAGCUCUGUCUCCAGACACACAGCCAGCCAUUCUGUGCCAAUGAGCUCAAAGCUGGAUUUUUAUUAUUCCUCUGAUAAAACAAAAAGAAUCAGGAGAUACGUAGCACUGGAGGACUUCAAAAUAAAACUUGACAGCAGAAGCAUUUUAGAAGAGCUUAAUGAAAGCUCUGGCGAACAUAGUGCAAUAAAUACGCCACAACACACACCGCCUCAAGUAAAGCAGUCUAUAGUACAUUCUUAUCCUGCGCCCAGCAAACCUGUAGCAUCAAAUCCCCCAAAUUACAGAGAGCAUGCACAACCUGUAGCGUAUGCACCGCCACAGUCACCGCAGAGAGCGCAUUUGCAGCCUACACGCAGCAAGCCCACACUGACGCCACCAGUUACUGCAGAAUCCCAAAGAUUAAAAAAACUGAAUGCUAUUCGAACACAGCUCUACAUCAUUAUGCAAAAUAUUCGGAAAAACAAUCAAUAUGUUGAAAUAGCCAAGAAUAUACAGGCUGGCGGAGAGACAGUGAGCCAAAUGGCCAAAACAGAAACAGAAUACAGCGAUAUUGCUAAAGAUUUAGCACUGGGUGAAAAUGCAACAGCAGAGAGUAUUUUUAACACUCUACAAGCCAAAGAGUCUGCAAAAACAAAAGAAUUACUUGCAUACAGAGACCAUGUGCAAAGAGAGAGCGAACAGCUGCAGCAAGGAAAUGAGAUUCUAAGAAGCAUGCAGCCAACGAUAAAGGAAAGGCUGCAAAAGGUAAAAACAAAGCUCACUGGCCUAAUAGCCAGAAAUAGGAGCAGUAGAGUGGACUAUAAAAAGCUUGUAGAGGAGAGUAAAAAGAAAGAAGAAAAUUUAGAAAGCCUAAAGCUAAAAGAGCUGGAGAAGAAAGAACACAUUGACUCACUGAAUAGCAGGAUAAACAAAAAGAAAGACGAAAAUGAAAGACUGCUAAGAAGCAUUUCAGACAUUGAAAAAACCAUAAGCAAGCAGGGUAAGCUCGAAAGUACUACCUACAACCUAGAGAAAGUCAAAGAGCUUGAAAAAGAGCAGAAGAAGCUAACUGAAAAACAAGAAGAGCAGAAAAGACUGCUUGAAGUGGAAAAUGAAAGGUAUACUAAGAGCAAAGAUCUCUCUACGCAUUCAAAAGAUUUAGAAGAAGCCAACAAGUUCAUGAGUUCACUCAAGAACACUCUAUUUCUGAUUCAGAAAGAGUACAGUAAUAAACAGGAGAUGCAUGGCGUAAGAGAUAGUACACUUGUGCAUAGCAAUGCAACCAUCAGCGAAAGUAGUGAGUUUGAUACAAAAGGACAGAGUGCACUGGCAGAGCUAUACAGCACAGCUGGAGUAGAAUCUAAGAAAUCAGAGUCAGAAGAUGUCGGAAGCAUAAAAGAAGCAAUAAAAAAGAACAGCAUGCACACAAAAGAUAUACAAGAAAUGAGAAAAUCACUUGCAGAGUGUGAAAAAGAGCACGAAAUAAAUAAGCAAAAGUACUUAGCUGAAAUAGGGCAUGUCAAUGCAAUGAAAAAAAGCUACAGUAAUGCGCUCAAUUUGCAAGAGCAAAAGGCUGCAGCAGCCAGUGCUAUCAAUACAACUAUUGGAGAAAAAACAAAAUCCAUGAAAGAUAAACAAAGAGAGUACAGGAAGAAAAUGCUAUUGCAUGAAAAAGAGAUGGAAGAUAAAUACAAAGAAUCACUAAGAGCCUUUACAACCCUUAAAAAUCACUGA